AUGCGCCUUCAGUCGACAUCAAUAUCGCUAUUGCGACUCACCCUCUCUCUCCUGAUCACACCUCAAAUCGUCCUCGCGAACCCCCAACCACACCCCUCCGAGCAAGCCGGCUUCACAUACAACGAAUUGUUUGCAAGAUACGACUGCGCCGGGACAACGUGCGGUUACUCUGGACAAUACUGUUGCGGAGCAGGCCUGGCUUGCGUCACAGCCAAUUCGAUCGCGCUAUGUACGCCGUCAGCGGCGGUGGCAGCCACAGCCACGAAUGGAUAUUGGCAAUACUACACAACGACCUACGUACAGACAGAUCUGAGGACCAUAACAAGUACCAUGAGCACGUACGUUGUUGGAGUUGGAGUAGCCACAGCAGCACCAACAACAAAUCCUCAAUGUUCAUUCGCACACGGUGAACAGCCGUGCGGGUCAAUUUGCUGCGCAAGCGAUCAAUACUGCUUCUCACCGGGUCAAUGCGCACCUGCCGGUAACGGGGGAAGCUCUGGAUUCUACAUGACAUACACCGCGCCGACGACCAUGCCCACGGGCAUGGCUACUCCUGGCGCACCUCUCCGCCCCACAUCUUCCGGAGUCACAACCGCCACGGCAACGAACACACCCACCACGACAGUAGCAUUCAUCCCUCCGGUAGUCACGGGAGCCAACGUGACACUCAGCGGAAUGGAGGUCAGCGCCAGCAGCGGACUAUCAGGCGGCGCUAUCGCGGGCAUUGUCAUCGGUGUCCUUCUAGCUCUGGGCCUCCUCGGUUUCAUUUUGUUCUGCUGCUGCGUGAAAGGCCUGAUCGACGGCUGCCUCGCCUGUUUCGGCUUUGGCAAGAAGAAACGAGUGACGGAGGUGGACGAAUACGAACGUCACUCGCACCACACAUCCGGCGGACCUAAGCGGACCUGGUACGGCGCACCUAUACGAACAAGCAAGCCCGCGUCAAAGAAGAGCGGCGGUGGAUUCAACAUCCUCGCAGUCUUGGGUGGUCUGGGCGCGCUCUGGGCCAUUCUCGGUCUCAAACGGAGACACGACAAGGAGGAGAAAAAGCAGGAGAGGAUAAACGAAGGGUACAGCGAGUAUUCUUACUCAGAAGAUUACUAUACCAGCGCAAGUAAGUUUCAAUGCCCCUCUGGACUUGCCCAUGCUUUUUACCGAAACACCACAUGCUGA